AGGCGGCUUCUUUUUUUUUUUUAACGUGUUCGUAUUUUUGUUCCUGUGUCAAAACCUACUAGCUUGCUAAAUACCGAGAGGCUCAGUGGUUAAACACAGUGCAUUACAAGAUACGCUUUAAAAAAAAACACGUUUUAUAUGUAACUGUUUAAUCCGCGUUGCUGAGCUCUAGAGGAAACUUCUCGCGUCGAGAAAACUAGCAAGACCAACAGAGUUAGCGUUAGCUGUACCGCUAGCUGGGUUUUUAUAUAUCGAAUUUCGCUAGCCGAGCAAACACUCACUGGUGUUUUCUUUUUUUAUAAUCCAACAAGACUUUUCCUUUGUAUUAUUUGAAACACGUUGGCAUUAAUUGACGUUAUGUUGGACCCUGUCACUGUCCUGGAGCGCUGCUAGCUAUAGUGUAACUUAAUAUACAGCUAGCUAACGUUAGCAUCAAACCUCCUCCCCCCACCGACCGACCGGUGAGUCUCGGAGCGAGCUGCUGUUUGGACUGGAUUCAGCUUCACUUUUAUAACUACACUCGACAUGAACUCGAAUGUGGAGAACCUGCCUCCCCAAGUUUUAAGACUGGUGUAUAAAGAAGUGUCUGCACUGGCAGCAGACCCACCAGAGGGAAUCAAAAUUUACCCCAGCGAGGAAGACAUCACAGAACUUCACACUGCCAUUGAGGGGCCAGAAGGGACCCCGUAUGCAGGAGGUGUGUUCAGAAUGCGCUUGGUCUUGGGGAAGGAUUUUCCUGCCGUACCACCCCGGGGCUAUUUCCUGACCAAGAUAUUUCAUCCAAAUGUUGGCCACAAGGGUGAGAUCUGUGUCAAUGUACUGAAGAGAGACUGGAAGGCAGAGCUCGGCCUCAGACAUGUAUUACUGACCAUUAAAUGCUUACUGAUUCAUCCAAAUCCAGAGUCAGCUCUGAAUGAAGAGGCCGGGAGGUUACUGUUGGAGGACUAUGCAGAAUAUGCCUCCCGUGCCCACCUAUUAACCGAGAUCCACGCUAUGGGAGGAAGCUCAGGAGCUCCAGAGCCCGAUGGACCACAGCCCAAGAAACACGCAGGAGAUCCGAGCAAACGUGCAAUUACAGCUGGCGCUGCGAAUACUGUUGCUACAACCAAUGGCACAAAUAGUAGCAGUGCCAGUGGUACAAGCAGUAGCAAUAAUACCGGAGUUGCUAAAAAGAAAACGGACAAAAAACGAGCUUUAAGGCGACUAUAAUAGUGAAUCAUUCUUUUUCUUUGUUGUUUUUUAAUUUUUUUGUUAAUAUGAAUAUUGAAUUCAGACCAUAUUUUCUCCUUUUUAUGAUUUCUAGAAACAUCUCCUUUUUAUUGGUUCUGUGAUUCGCACAUUCUACUCAUGUCCUUUCAUCAAGGUUUCUUCAAUUCAGACUCUGCUCUCAGGUUUCCAACGUUUAUAACGACUAUUGAGUGAUCACACGUGGAAAAGGAACAGUUUUCAUUCAAGCAUGUAUUUUGGCCCUGAAAAUCUCUCAAAUAACCGUUCACUAUGACAGUAUUUAGACCCUGGGGUUAAAGGGGAUAUCUCGGCGUCGAGAUGGGUAGGUUUGCCCUCAUUAAAGCACCAGCGCUUUAAAAAACAAAAAAGCUCCAAGUCCUCUAAAUCUCCACCAACCAAUGCCACCGUGACGUGUAGGGCACUUCCUAUAGGCACCAGCUCCUGUUUUUCAUGUGUAUGAAAUCUGAGGGAAUGACAUUUUCACUGAUUUGCUUUUGCAUCAGUGGAAAUGUUCUCCAGGGCUUCAUUGUUUAAGUUUCAUUAGCACACGACGACUAUCAAAACAUCCCACCCAGAACCCCGGAUUUCAAUGAAACAUACGAAUCUUACAUUUGCAGGUGUUUUACAGACGUGAGUAAGAUGAUCCCGGGAGUUCCAUCCUGCUCAACAUGGAUCCCAUGCAAGUUUAAUGUCCAAUUGGUGUCUUAUAAUGUCUUAUUUUUUACAAAAGUUAGAUCUAAAGUGCAUCUUCGCACCCACUAAAAUAUUCUACAGCUGUGUAUUGAGUUAGAGUAAGAAAAUAUAUAUAUAUAUAGGGAAAGCAUAGAAUGGGUUAAAAUGUGGUCGCUUUUUUUUCCCCCCUCUCUGUGUUUGUGCUUUUAUGUUGUCUGUUCUACACACUUUAUAUUUUAAGCCAUGUAUGUGUUCGUUUUUCUUUUUUUUGUCGCAGAUCAUGUCCAUGAACAGAAAGGGCAGAUCGAGGUCUUACAAAAUAAAUUUUUAUAUCUACAAUGAGACGGCCCCAUUUCCACUUAAGAUGCAUUUGUGCUGUUCCCAAUCAUUGUACACUUUUUUUUUUUUUUUCUUUUCUUUUUUUUUUAAUCCAAUAAUGUGACCUUGUUUUUAGAAAAAGAAUGUCUCGAUGUAAUGCCCCUUAAACGUGUACAUUAGAGUUGAUUCCAGCCAUGUUGCUCUUAGCAAGGGAACGUCUCAACCUGUCACUCGUGUAUCGUCGCAUUUACGUUCAGUGCACAUCUAACAAUGUCCGUUUUGUCAGCACGGGGGGGCCUACAGUUCUCGAAGCUCUCUUUUAAUGGCUCUGGGCUCUGCUAAGACCAUGCAUACGGGUAACCUUUUACCAUUUUGUGAGGUUCUGUGUGGGCUUUGGGGCAGUUGUGUCCAUUUAAGUUAUUUAAAUUAAAAAUAAAGUAUCUUCGGUUACAUGA